UAAAAUCACAAUCGUAAUCAUCAAACCGAUAAACUUUCCAAUUCCCAAAAUCAAGAUUUUUCCCUCAACAACGGCGGCCAUGGUAAUCUCAUCUGCAACUUUAUCCUUCACAUCUUCCAUUCCCAGGCUUCCAUCGUUUUCCCCUCCGUUUUCCUCCUCCAAAUCCUCCUUCUUCGCCAACAAUGCCACCGCCAAUUCCUUCAACAAAGGCGACCAUAGCCAUUCUCUGCUAUUGCGAACCACCAGGUCCAGAAAGACGAUGGAUAGAGCUCAUAAGGGUCUCACUUGUAACGCUCUGUUUGGACUUGGAGUGCCUGAGCUUGUUGUAAUUGCCGGCGUCGCCGCUCUGGUUUUUGGCCCCAAGAAGUUGCCUGAAGUCGGGAAGAGUAUUGGAAAAACGGUCAAGAGCUUCCAACAGGCAGCUAAGGAGUUCGAGUCCGAGCUGAAGAAAGAGCCCGAGUCAAUCGGAGAGACCGCAGUAGAAAAGCCUGCAUCGAUAGAUGAUGAGGAGAAGCAAGAUUUGAAGGUAUCAAACCAAAAGGAGAGUGUAUGAAGCGGUAGGUAGUACCAUCAAUUUCAUGUCCACUUGUUCCUAUCAUUGUACUUUAUGUAUGUGAAUGUGUCUUUGGAAUCUGAAGAUCACUUAAUGAAGAAAAUUAGUUUUCCA